AUGGUGGAAGGAGGAGUUGCCACUGCUGACAAGACAGAGUUUACAGAAUGCUGGAGGACUGUGUGGAAGACUCCUUAUAUCAUGAGGCUGGCACUUUCAGCCGGCAUUGGAGGGCUCCUGUUUGGUUAUGACACAGGAGUUAUUUCUGGCGCAUUGCUUUACAUUCGUGACGAUUUCGAACAAGUUGACCAGAAAACAUGGUUGCAGGAAACCAUAGUGAGUAUGGCUGUCGCAGGAGCUAUUUUCGGUGCUGCUUUUGGUGGAUAUAUGAAUGAUAAGUGGGGCAGGAGAGUGGCAAUUUUAGCUGCUGAUGUUGUGUUCUUUUUCGGUGCGAUUGUCAUGGCUGUAGCUCCAAAUCCCUGGAUUAUUGUUAUCGGAAGAAUUCUUGUUGGUUUGGGAGUGGGAAUGGCAUCCAUGACUGCUCCUCUGUACAUUUCAGAAGCUUCACCUGCAAGAAUUCGAGGCGCUCUUGUUAGCACGAAUGGAUUGUUAAUUACUGGAGGACAAUUUCUGUCUUAUCUUAUCAAUCUUGCUUUCACCAAGGCUCCUGGAACCUGGAGAUGGAUGCUUGGAGUUGCCGGACUCCCGGCUCUGAUUCAAUUUGUGUUGAUGCUAUCGCUUCCCGAGUCUCCCCGAUGGCUCUACAGAAGGGAUAGGGUAGAUGAGGCAAAGGAAAUCUUGGAGAAAAUCUAUCCUGCACAUGAAGUUGAAAACGAGUUGAAUGCCUUGAAAUUAUCCGUUGAAGCUGAGAAGGCCGACGAAGCUGCAAUUGGAGAGGGUAUGGUAACUAAACUGAAGGGUGCAUUUAAAAACAAGGUAGUACGCAGGGGACUUUAUGCUGGUAUCACCGUUCAAGUCGCUCAGCAAUUUGUGGGUAUAAAUACAGUCAUGUACUAUGCCCCCACCAUAGUUCAGUUUGCUGGAUUUGCUUCAAACUCGGUUGCCUUGGCUCUCUCUCUCAUUACUUCUGGCCUAAAUGCUAUUGGUUCCAUUGUCAGCAUGUGUUUCGUCGACAGAUAUGGAAGGAGAAGGUUGAUGAUUAUUUCAAUGAUUGGGAUCAUUUUCUUCCUCGUGACCUUAUCUGUUGUGUUUAUCGAAGCUUCUCUCCAUGCCCCUAAAGUUGGUGGAAUUGAGACAGCCCACUUUGGAAAAAACUCUACUUGUCCAGCUUUCUUGACAGCCUCAGAUGCACCAAGGUGGAGCUGUAUGUCUUGCUUGAAAGCAGAUUGUGGUUUCUGUGCUAAUGCAGCCAGCGAACCUUCAAUAACAGGUAGAUGUUUUCCAGUUUAUCAACCUGAUACUGAUAUUGAUUUUAUACAUGAUCAGUUCCAUCCUGGGGCAUGCCUGGAUGCAACCAAGGCUAUAAAGGGUGAUUGCCAUGCCGAAAAACGUGUGUUUUUUGAGAAGGGCUGCCCGAGCAGAUUCGGAUUUCUUGCCGUUAUACUUCUCGGAUUAUACAUCAUUUCCUAUUCACCAGGAAUGGGAACCGUACCCUGGAUUGUAAACUCAGAAAUCUAUCCAUUGAGAUACAGAGGUGUUGGUGGAGGCAUUGCUGCUGUGUCCAACUGGUGUUCAAAUCUCAUCGUUAGCGAAUCAUACUUAUCUCUCACCGAAGCUCUCGGUGCUGGAGGCACAUUCUUCUUAUUCGCUGGAAUUUCUACCAUUGGCCUCAUAUUCAUCUACUUCUUAGUACCUGAAACUAAAGGGCUGCAAUUCGAGGAGGUUGAGAAGCUGCUAGAGGAUGGUUACAGACCAAGCUUAUUCCGAGGAAAGAAAGAAAAAUCUAAGGACCAAGUUGAAUCUGCAUAA